AUGGAUCUGGCUUGCACAAACUGCAAAACCUUGCUAGGGAACGAGAGAAAUAUUGAAAGUCGACGCUUCAGGGGCCACCUUGGCAAGGCCAUUCUUAUCACGGACGUUGUUGGCGUCAAAGAGGGUGAGCUCUUGGAACGAAAUUUGACUACCGGCCGGCACAUCGUUCGCGAUAUUUCAUGCAGAGGAUGCAACGAGGUCGUAGGUUGGACUUAUGUCAUGGCGGACGAACCAUCCGAGAAAUAUAAAUUGGGCAAGUUUAUACUAGAAGAUGAGCUUCUUCAGAAAGUAGAGCCGUCCCGGGAGAAGAAUGAUCCAACGCCAUCGUUGAGUAAGCUAUGA